UGUAGGCCCCUCCUCCUGAACCUCCUCCUCCUCCCUCCUCGAUGCCUCCCGGAGAAGGAGAAGAAGGAGAAGGAGGAGGGAAACGGCUGCUGCUUCUCCUUCUGUUGCCGCUGCUGCUCCUCCUUCGGGGAAGCGGAGGCUGAGCGAGACAGGCCCAAAGAGAGAGAGGGAGGCCUUCCUCGGCGCGUUAGGCCUGUGCCGCUCUCUCUCUCUCUCAGCCUGAGGAGCCGCCUCCCCCUCCGGCCCCGCGCCUCGGCCCGGCCCGGCUAUCUGCAUGUCUUUACGGCCCCGAGCCCCGCCGCUUCCCGAGCAGCCACCGCCGCCACCGCCUCCUGAGCAGCCCCGUCGACGAGGGCUGGAUGCAGACUAACAGGGAUGCCAAAGGAAAAAUAUGACCCUCCAGAUCCUCGCAGAAUUUACACCAUCAUGUCAGCAGAGGAGAUAGCCAAUGGGAAGAAGUCCCAUUGGGCAGAAUUGGAAAUCUCGGGUAGAGUGCGGAGCUUAAGUACAUCACUUUGGUCGCUAACACACUUAACCGCUCUCCACCUCAAUGACAAUUAUCUGACUCGCAUUCCGCCUGAUAUCGCCAAGCUUCAAAAUCUGGUUUACCUGGAUCUCUCAUCCAACAAACUCAGAAGUUUACCAGCAGAACUAGGAAACAUGGUAUCUCUCAGGGAAUUGCUUUUAAACAACAAUUUGUUACGAGUUUUGCCUUAUGAACUUGGACGGCUCUUCCAGCUGCAGACACUAGGUUUGAAAGGCAAUCCUUUAUCACAGGAUAUUCUCAGCCUGUACCAGGACUCAGAUGGGACACGGAAACUAUUGAACUACAUGCUUGACAAUCUAGCAGUUCAUCCAGAACAACUGCCUCCAAGGCCAUGGAUUACAUUAAAAGAACGAGACCAAAUUUUGCCCUCAGCUUCAUUUACUGUCAUGUGCUACAAUGUGUUGUGUGAUAAAUAUGCCACCCGACAGCUCUAUGGCUAUUGCCCAUCCUGGGCAUUAAACUGGGAAUACAGGAAAAAGGGAAUCAUGGAAGAAAUUGUGAACUGGGAUGCAGAUAUCAUUAGUCUUCAGGAAGUAGAAACUGAGCAAUACUUCACCCUUUUUCUGCCAGCAUUGAAAGAUCGUGGAUACGAUGGAUUUUUCUCUCCAAAGUCACGUGCCAAAAUCAUGUCUGAGCAAGAGCGAAAACAUGUGGAUGGUUGUGCAAUAUUCUUCAAAACAGAAAAAUUCACAUUGGUGCAGAAGCAUACAGUCGAGUUCAACCAAGUGGCAAUGGCAAACUCUGAAGGUUCAGAAGCUAUGCUGAACAGAGUAAUGACGAAGGACAACAUUGGAGUUGCCGUAGUGUUAGAGGUGCAUAAAGAACUGUUUGGGGCAGGUUUGAAGCCCCUUCAUACCUUGGACAACCAACUCCUUAUUGUAGCAAAUGCCCAUAUGCAUUGGGACCCUGAAUAUUCUGAUGUAAAACUUGUCCAAACAAUGAUGUUUGUCUCUGAGCUGAAAAGCAUCCUUGAGAAAGCCUCUGGUAGGCCUGGAAGCCCAACAGCAGAUACGAAUUCCAUCCCUCUGGUGCUGUGUGCAGAUCUGAACUCGUUGCCUGAUUCAGGUGUUGUGGAAUACUUAAGUAAUGGAAUAGUCGCUGAUAACCAUAAAGACUUCAAGGAGUUGCGGUAUAAUGAUUGUCUCGUGAACUUCAGCGGCAAUGGAAAGAAUGGGGCUUCUGAGGGAAGAAUCACUCACGGUUUCCAACUCAAGAGCGCCUAUGAAAACAAUUUGAUGCCUUAUACUAAUUACACCUUUGAUUUCAAAGGUGUGAUUGACUACAUUUUUUAUUCCAACACUCACAUGAACGUGCUUGGUGUCCUGGGGCCUUUGGACCCUCAGUGGCUGGUGGAGAACAGCAUCACCGGGUGCCCCCAUCCCCACAUCCCCUCAGACCACUUCUCACUGUUGACGCAGCUGGAGCUCCACCCUCCCUUCCUGCCUCCCCUCAAUGGCAUCCACUUGCCGGCCAGGAGGUAGUGGAGCCCCGCCCCUUUGUUUAUGGACCUGUACACUUGUAAAUCAAAGUAUGUAGGAGGAGUGAAGUAUGGCCAACCUUUUAAAAGCUGCUGCUUCGAGCUCCUUUCAUUAUAUGUGUGUUGAUGAUACGAUUUUGCACAUUUUUGGGGGUGCAUAUUGGUACCAUUUGGCACUAGGGCUGGAACCAAAGUUGUUGUUUGUUCCCUUUUUUUCCAAUUGUUUUUAAGAUGCACAUUUUCGCACGCAUUUUAAACUUGACAAGCUUCAUCAGUUUUCGUAGAGAAGCUGCUUUUAUAAACAGACAAAUCAGACGGGAGGAUUUGCAAAUAGGUAUAUACGUUCAUAGCUAAAGCUUUCCUUAUAAGUUAAUAAAAAGAGCCGUGCCUCCUUUUCCUUGCUCAUCCCCUUUUAAGCACCCUGAUACAAUUGAUGUGAAAUGUUUAAAAUUGGAAACGGCACUUAACGUUUUGAAAAUUAUUCACAGAACAGACUGUUUUCACCUCAUCUGGUGCCUACACUAAAUUAAUUAUCGAAGGCUUUUGUGGCCAGAAUCACUGGGUUGUUUUAAGUUUUUUGAGCUGUAUGUCCAUGUUUCAGAAGCAUUCUCUCCUGAUGUUUCACCUGCGUCUAUGACAGGCACCCUCAGAGGUUGUGAAGUCAACAGACCUCACAACCUCUGAGGAUGCUUACCAUAGAUGCAGGCGAAACGUCAGGAGAGAAUGCUUCUGGAACAUAGCCAUACAUCCUGAAAAACUUACAACAUGCACUAAAAUUGGUGCAAUAGGGGAGACUUUCUGAUUGGAAAAAAAUAAUGUUGCCCCAAUAGAGAUUUUUCCCCUUUAUGUACGGUGAAUUGUGCACCUAAAGUCAAUUGCAAGAAUUCGGUUCUGCUUCACGUUCCAAUCCAGUCCACAAGUCCCUCCAAUUCUUUUAAAACUAGUUCCACUCCUAGCAAGGAUUUUGUAUUAUCCCACCGAUGAUUAGGAGUGGAGACACAACUUGCUUCUACCUUCGCUGUUCAGAAAGUAUUUGCCAUAAUCAUUCCUCGACUGAUUUUUUUUUCCUGACCCUAGUCGCCAAAUAGCCAUCUCACGCUUUUAAAUGAUGGUUUUGUUUUGUUUACCUGUUUUCUAUCUAAAUUGGAUCCUUUUAAAGGCGUUGUUUUAUUACCAAUAGUUAAUCGCUCUCCCUUUUCUGUAAGAUGUGCUUGGAAACUCUUCUCUUUCCUGGCCAUUUUCAAACCUUUGUGCAUCCAGAGAGAAGAAGGACUCAUAAUGUCAUCUCAGUACCUAACAUUUCAUCCAUCAUCCACUGAAGUCAUUGGAGGUUGUUUAACAGUAGUCUUUUAGUAGAUUGAGCUGUGCUUUUAUGUUUCAAAGAACAACAAAGGCAAAGUGACAAGAAAGUAUGUUAUUUUAAAAAGUUUUUCUGUAUUCUGCUUCUUUGCUGCUAUAUACGAUUCCUCAAGCUUAUAUUUUAAACUUUUCAUGCACUUUACUGUUUCUAGUCUCAAAAAAUGUAAUAUUUUUAAUAAAUGGGGAUUGUUUUCAUUAUGGGAAUGAUUUUUUAAAGAGCCUAUAUUUGUCUCAUUCAUACACUUUAAAAAUUAAAGGAGUAAAACAGUAAAAUUAGUUUUAAAUCCUGUUGUAUAGAAUUGUCUCCCUUCCCAUUUGCUAGCGAUGUAUAAAAUGACAAAGGAAAUUUUGAAUCAGGCUAAAUAAAAUAGGAAAUACUCCUCCCCCCUUUUGUUGCAAUGGUAGGGAUGGGCCAGAGGGGAGCCAGUUGCCACAGGGAAGGCUAAAAUUUGUGAAACUCUUUGCAUAAUGUGUUGAAAAUUCAAAAUUGAAGUAAACAAGCGGCUGCUGUUGAAAAUGGCACCUCCAGAUUCAGCUUCAUCUCUCUCAAAAUGUUUUUCCCCAUCUUACCGCCAUGUCAUUCUGUCUUUCCCCAUCCCUUAUUCCAUUACCAUCAGCUUCCUCUGGCAUCAAAAAAGAAAUGAUCAAGAAUAUUUUAAUUAAAAAUACUGGGGCAGGAGAAAGAAUAUGAGAUCAAAACAUAGACUUGCUGAGUUUCCAUUUGAAGAGCAACUCUGUGUUUCUGUCCAAAGCGCAAAACAGUUUAAGAAGCAUGAUAAGUUUUCUCCAUUGGAAGAUAACGUUCCCCUUCUGCAGCUGUAAUAUGGACACAGGUAUCUCUCCUUAUAUACCUCAAAAAGUGUUAUCAGUGCCAGGGAAAAGUUGUCUGGGGUGCAUCUACACUGCAGAAUUAAUGCAGAUCGACACCACAUUAAUUGCCAUGUCUAUGCUUCUGCCAAAGAGUACUGGUGCCUCAUCCAAACUGCAACUUUCAUGAUUUUAUAGCAUAGAGCAGUGGUGCCCAAUCUUUGAUCCUCCAAGUGUUUUGGACUUCAGCUCCCACAAUUCUUAACAGCUGGUAAAUUAGGAUUUCUGGAAGCUGCAGUCCAAAACAACUGGAGGACCAAAGGUUGGGAACCACUGCUAUGAAAUCAUGAAAGUUGUAGUUUGGAUGAGGCACCAGCACUCUUUAGCAGAAAAGCCAAAGUAAAAUUACAACUCUCAUUAUUCCAAUAGCACUGAGCCAUGGAAGCUGAAGUGAUGUCAAACUGCAAUAAUUAUACAGUGUAGAUGCGUGCGUUGGAGUCUGUAGCUCCCAGAAUUCCCCAUUAGUCAUGCUAACUGGGAGAUUUUGAGGGUUUUAGUCUGUAUUGUAACUAUAUAUCUGACAUGGCCGUAUAUAUAUAUAUAAAUUGGAAAAGCAAUAUAGUACUGGAAAGUAGAAUAGCAUGAAAAACUUUAUUUUGUGGACAUUCACCGUUUCAGUUCGUUUUUGUGAGGACACACAACCCGCUGGGAGGUUCUCCCGAUCCAGCCCCAUUGAAAUGAAUGGGAAUUGCCAACUCCUAAUUCAUGUCAUUUGGGCUUGGAUAGGAGAAUGUACUGCUGGGUUGUGUUCCCCAAGUCAUCUACUGUUUCUUCACUUUGGAGGCAUUACAAAAAACAACGAUCUUUCCUGCUCUGGAGGUAAUGCACUAACCAUUUUCCUUCCUUCUCUCUCUCUCUCUCUCUCUCUUUCCUAUGUGCAUGUUAAUUAGCAACCUGAGCAAUAUUUCCUACCAUACUUCACUCCCAACUAUUUUUUGAGAUGUUUGUAUAAAAUGGAGUUUAAAAAAAUUCGCCUGUGAUUGUAUAUGAACUGCAGAGGAGCCGGUUUAUUAAAUAAUACAAAAACACACAAUCUUUUGUAAUGUUGUGGGGCGGGGAGGGGGAGAAAUGAAAUAAAAACAAGAUUGGGAGAUAUUGUAAA